UCCAUCUCUCAGCGGCCCGGGAACAGUGCAAGGAGGGAAAAGGGACGCGCCCCAGAAUGUGAGACUCCCACCAGGAAAAGCAGUCUGGGCUCGUCCUGGGGCAGCGGAUCUGACAGCCCCUGCGACCUAAGCGGACCGUGCUGCCAGCCCUGGGUUGUCCCCGCAGUGUGCGGGAAUCAAAGGUGUUGGGCCAGACCAGCAAGAACGAUUCCUGCAUUUCUCCGAGACCGCGCCAACCUGCACAGCGCCUAAGCUUCAGGCAGCCCCUAGACGUCCCUUGGUGACCCUGAAAGCCCCUGCAGGGCGCUCCUUGAUUCCCACCAGGCAGCCUGCCAGCGUGGAAGAAUCCUGGGAGGACUGGAGUGAACUGUCUUGAGACCACCAAGUCGGGGGGAGGGACCUCCUGGCUCAGACCCUUCCCUCCUGGCUCAGGCCCUUCCCCACCCGGGGCGAGCGUGGUCGCCAAACGUGCAGACCAUGGCGGACAGCGGCGGCUCCACCAGCAACUCCAGCCCCUGGUGGAAAUCUCUAACCAGGAAGAAAAGCAAAGAAGUCACCGUGGGAGCACAGCCUCAUGUUCAGCCAGAGGCGGAGGAUCACACACCGCCUUACUUGGAUCGGACUAGCAGCUCUGGAGAGAACCAGCACUCCGAUGUCCUUGGGGACACACGAGAGCCCCCCGGGUCAGAUAAGUUGGGUGAGGAGAAAUCAGGCAACAGCCGGCGUAAUUUGAAGAUCUCACGCUCUGGCCGAUUUAAGGAGAAGAGGAAAGUACGUGCCACACUGCUUCCCGAAGGAGACAGGUCCCCUGAGGAGGAGGCCGAUUUUCCGGAUGACCCCCAGGAGGACAAGCAAUAG